CUAAUUUUGUUAAUCUUCUGUCCCAUACAUGUACGCAGACCAUAACUCAAAAUUUGAUGACAGUUCUUAUCAAGGAAAUGAAGUUGUUGAUUCUGCAGAUGAUUCGGAUGAACCAGUCGAUCCCGAAUUCAUUAAUCUUUUAGAAGAUAUUGAAGGUAAUGAACAUGAGAACAUCGAUCUGUACUCCGUAUUGGGUGUUGACAAAAAUGCAUCGGCAGCUGAUCUGCGCAUGGCAUACAAACGUCUUUCCCUGUUGUUCCAUCCGGAUAAGCAUUCUAUUUCGACACCAGAAGAUAAUGAGAAAAUUAAUUCAAAUCCAUCUGAUGCGGUGGCUGCAUUCAGUCAAAUUGCUUCAGCUUAUGCGAUUUUAAGCAAUCCUGAACAACGUGCUAUUUAUGAUAGUUUUGGUUAUAGAGGGUUGCAAAUGCAGGGGUGGCAAAUAGCGAGUUUUCAAAAAUCAGCACCUGAACUUCGUUUGGAAUAUCUUCUUUUGAAAGAAAAAGCUCGAGUUUCAAAGCAACUUCAGUUGACACAACCAACCUCGGAAUUUUCUCUUGGUUUAGAUUUAACGGAUGUUUUUGAUCGUUAUUUGAAGGAGCCACCAGAGGAUCGUUCAUUGAUUCCAAUUCCAUCAAUUUAUGAGCUUUCUGUUGCUCAAUCUAUCAAUGCUGGUAUCAGUUUAAAAAACUCAGUAAGUUUGGCUGGUCAGGUGACAGCCCAUAAUGGUGUAGGGAUAGGGACAUUUCUUGCUAUAUGGCGGCAUCACUGCUCCAGAAAUUCAAUUUUCGGUGCAACUACAAUCGAUACCGAGUUUUCUUACGGUCGCGCUGGUCGUGGAUUGAGUACUGGUAUACGAGCAAGGCGGACUUUUGGACAGCGUCUCCAUGGUAGUUUAGGUUUAUCUCUAGCUAGUUUGUAUGAAAGAUCUCCCAAGUCGAGUAUAAAUCUAAUCCCUGGUAUUUCUGCUGGUGUAAAUGUCCAGUUGUUAUCUCAUGUACAUGCACACUUGGAGUUACGUUGUCUCAUGAAUCCAGGUAUAUCAAGUGAAUUGUUCUUUACUUCUGCUGACGGUGAGUAUAAUGCCCGAAUUUCAAGUAAACUUAACGCAUCCGGUUAUGCAAGCCUUUCCCUGUUACUGGAAAAGUCCGUCUCGUGGACUUGGCUAAAUCCACCUCGAGGAUCUGGUGUAAUUGAUAAAGAAAAUGUUCCUGGACCUGAUUGUGAUUGGGCAGAUUCAGAUAAUUGUGAUUUGGAACAACAGCGACGCGGUAAAGGCAAUAUAUCAUGCACCAUUGGUGUUAACACCACAGACAUUGGUGAAUUCUCUCUAGGUGCACAAUGUCAAAUUUCCGCUCAUUCUAGAAUCGCAGGUCAGAUUCGUCUGAGCAUUCAAAAAGGUGUAACUGUUAAAAUUAGCCUUUUACGAGGUACUCAGACAUAUUCUUUUCCUUUUAUUCUGUCUGAUCACCCUGACAGAGUUGCUUUUGGUUACGGUUUAAUUUUCCCCAUACUUGCAUUUUCGGCUAUUCGCAUGUUGGUCUAUGAACCUUAUCUAUCUCGUCAGUUAAAAAUUGCACAAAAGUUUCGAAGAGCUAAACUGCGCGAAGAACUGAACAGAAAACGCCGUGAAGCAUUGUCCACUCAGGAACUCAUGAGGAGAGCUGCAUCACGAAGUAAACGGAAUGAAAUGUCUAUUUCCGGUCUUAUCAUCGAUCAGGCAAUAUAUGGUUGCCUUUCACCAACCUCUGAUCCCACUACUUUAUCUGAUGCUGGUGGUCCACUUACGUUUGAUGUGACUAUACCCCUCCAAGCUAUGAUAGAAAAAAGUCACUUACGCUUACCACCUGGUCGGUGGUGUGAUUUCCAAGGUUUCUAUGACCCCUGUGUUGGUUUAUUAGAAAAUCCACGUCAACUUCGUGUGUCAUAUACUUUCCAUAAUUUCCCUCAUGAGGUCACUGUCAAUGAAAAUCAAGGUUUAGCUAUCCCAAUGUCCAAGCAUAAAGUUGAAAUUCCUUAAUUCAUUUAAAAUGAUCUCCGUGUUGUCUUUCAACUUGGUUAAUAUAUUAUCUCCACCGUGCCACCUUUCGUAGGAAUCUUGACGUACUUCACCGUUGCACGUUGUUGUCAUUACUCUCUUGUAAUCCUAUCGUUUUCAUUUUGUUUGGAAAUUGUGCACAACACUAUCUGUUUGGUCCUUGCAUUCUACCGAUGAAAGCAUUUAAUCCCAGUGAUUACCUCUGUUGAUCUUGAUUGUAGAUAAAAUAAUUUUUAUUCUGAAUAUAUUUUCCAAAUUCAUUAUAAUGAAGUUGCACAUCUUUUCAUUUAUUUUCCAUGCUAGUUAGCUGUACAGUUAUUAAAUAAUGUUCAUAGAUAAAAACAACACUUAAUCCUUUUU